AUGCCAAAUCGACGAAGACAAAGUAGACGAAGACAAAGCAAAUACAUGCGGGGGUUGGCACAGUAUCUGGUCUCAAUUGAGUCAAAAUUUUCAGUACCUCGCUCUCGCCGAGACACAAUCACAAACUUUAACCCAUGCAAGCCAGUGGUAAGCUCGCCACUUUCUCAAACCUUCAGUAUAGAGGAGAUGCCCGAUGAGCCAUCGCCACCACAAAACCCCUAUGCGCGUCUACAUAAGCUUCUUUACAUAAGCGUGUGUAAUAAUUUCCCGGAAUAUAAGGAAGAAGUUCUCAAAUUGCCCGAAUCUUGGCGAGAUACACCUUUGAAUGCAGCACAAGCAUGGAGGAAGUAUAUGGAGCAGACGGCUCCAGAGUUUUUGGUUGGGAGCAGCGAAGAUAUUGUAGCAAAAUACCAGCAGCAGCAGGGUGCUGCGUUGAAACUCAUCGAUCAGUCUCCAAGCGGUGAUUACAUAGACGAUGAAACUGUGGUAAGGGAUGUCGUAACGAAAAAGCGAAAACGUCUCCAUGAGGAUGAUGGUGACUCUGAAACCCGCAAUAUUUCAACCAACUUUUGA